AUGGCUCAGUUGGUUUCUGAAGAAUGGGGUUCUCUUAGUGGAAUUUACACAGCUGAGGAAUCUGACUUCAUGGCUCAGUUGCUUGGUGGUAAUUAUAAUUAUGCUAUCACAGAGAACAGUGAUAGUGGAAAUACCAGUUUUGGCAUGCCACCUACAUUUUGGCAUGGUCAUGAAUCCACAACAGUGACGUUGACAGGCACCAAUAGCAAUUCAUAUCUUCUCUCCAACAAUGAUAGUGGUAGCUUUCAAUGGAAUGACAAGUUAAGCCGACAGACAAAUGAAAGCAUUGAUGAAGAAUCAGGUCUAGAAGUUCUUGCUGAUAACAACUUGCAGGCUAAGAGGGAGUACGAAAUGAUGAUUUCUGAACCUGCAGAAGAGGAAAGAAGCAGAAACCUGGAGAGCCCAACAAAAAGAUUCAGGAACUCCAUAGAGGACUUUAAAAACAUGAGGAAUGCUAUGCCUAUAAGUAUCAAUGAAGAGGGUAGAAGAGAAAGCAUACAAAUCAGUUGUUUUCCACAGGUUGACUCUAAUGCUUCUUUGGAGCUAAAUGGAGGUGUAUCACCAAGUCUGAGCCCAAAGGAUCCUGCAGUUGCUAAUUUACAUGGAAAAUCAAGAGCUCCUAGUGGUUUUGCCACUGAUGCACAAAGCAUAUAUGCAAGAAAGAGAAGAGAAAGAAUAAAUGAAAGGUUGAGGAUAUUGCAAACCCUUAUCCCCAAUGGAACUAAGGUGGAUAUCAGCACCAUGCUAGAGGAAGCUGUUCAAUACGUGAAGUUUUUACAGCACCAAAUUAAGCUUUUGAGCUCUGAGGAUCUGUGGAUGUAUGCUCCGAUUGUUUACAAUGGAAUGAACAUUGGAUCAGAUCUCAGUACGUAG